AUGUCCUCGACACCGUCAGGAAAUGAGACAGACCGGCUGGCCUUGCUUGCCAUAAAGAGUCAGAUAGCACGCGAAUCCCCUGGAGCUCUGAGCUCAUGGAAUAACACCAUCCAUGUCUGUGAUUGGGAGGGGGUCUCAUGCACCCGCAAGCGACACCCGCAGAGGGUCUCAGCCUUGGAGCUCGUCUCUCAUGGCCUGGCAGGUUCCAUCUCUCCAUUCAUUGGCAACCUCAGCUUUCUUCGAAGAAUCGACUUAUCAGACAACAGACUCUAUGGUGAGAUCUCACCAGAGAUCGGUCGCUUGCGCCGGCUGCGCUAUCUUAAUUUGAGCUCUAAUUCAUUUAAUGAGGUUAUCCCUGCGAACCUUACUUACUGUUUGGACCUUCAGGUCCUCAGCCUAAGCCGCAACCAGCUAGUGGGGAGGAUACCUGAUGACAUCAGCAACCUAUCCAAGCUGAAAUAUCUGGCAGUAGCCGGAAACAGCAUCACAGGAGUUAUCCCACACUGGCUUGGUAAUCUUUCAUAUCUGUCGGCGCUGUUUGUAGGGCCGAAUAAACUGAAGGGAGGCAUCCCUGAAGAACUUGGCCGCCUUGCCCGUCUAGAAAUCUUGGUUGUGCAAGGAAAUAUGCUCUCAGGUAUCAUCCCUGAAUCCCUCUACAAUCUCUCAUCCUUGCAAGUUUUGGCUGCUGCAGUAAACCAGCUGCAGGGAAGCCUCCCAUCUGAUAUUGGAAUCAGACUUCCAGAUCUCCAAUACCUUUUACUUGGUGCAAACCAAAUUGGAGGACCAAUUCCAGCUUCACUAUCCAAUGCCUCGAGACUUUUGAGCAUCGAUCUCCCAAUUAACAAUUUUAUCGGGUUCAUGCCAACUGAUAUUGGAAGAUUGAAAUAUCUAUUCCAUCUGAAUAUAGGGGGAAAUCACAUUGAAGCAGACAAUGUCCAUGGUUGGGAAUUCCUUACUUCUCUGAAAAAUUGCAGUUAUUUAAAAAGAUUAAUUAUGCUUGACAACAAACUAGGAGGUGUAUUGCCUACUUCAAUAGCAAACCUCUCCACACAACUUGAACAACUACAGAUGGGUGCUAACCAAAUAUCAGGGAGUAUUCCUUCUGGGAUCGAAAACCUGGUCAAUCUGAACGUGCUAGCAUUGUUUGAAACUCUCCUCACAUGCACCAUUCCAGAAGUUGUUGGAAAACUUAGGCAGUUACGUCUUUUAGUCUUAUACAACAGCAGAUUUACAGGUUUUAUUCCAUCCUCCCUUGGCAACCUAACGCAGUUGAUCACUCUCGAGUUAUAUGGUAAUGGUUUACAAGGACCCAUACCACCAAGCCUCGGAAACCUCCAGCAGCUAGAAAUACUAGACCUUUCUCGAAAUAAUCUCAGUGGUAACAUACCUAAAGAAAUCGUUAGUCUUCCGUUUUUGUCAGAUUCCAUCAACCUAUCGAACAAUUCAUUGGUUGGUCCACUCCCAGAAGAAGUCGGUAGCUUGACAAAUCUCAGAACAUUUGCCGUCUCAGGGAACAAGUUGUCCGGUAAAAUUCCAGACACAAUUGGCAAAUGUGAAGCCAUUGAACACCUAUUUAUGAACAAUAACUUUUUCAAUGGAAGCAUUCCACCAUCUCUCAGUAAGAUAAGGGGCCUCACAGGAUUAUUUCUAUCAUACAAUCACCUGACAGGGACCAUUCCUUCAUCUUUGGGCAGCAUCAAGGACCUUCAAGCACUGGAUCUCUCACACAAUUACCUUACUGGGUCAAUCCCACAAUCUCUUGAAGACUUGAACUUUUCGAGCUACGUUAAUCUUGGACUCUCCAACGACGACGGUCUUAUGUACUUGAAUGCUUCAGGUGGCUUAAAUCUUUCUUUCAACCAUCUUGCGGGAGAAGUGCCUACGAAUGGAAUCUUCAAAAAUGCUACUGCAAUCUCACUUGUCGGCAAUGAUGGGCUCUGUGGGGGUGUUCCCGAGCUCAACUUACCCCAGUGCCCUGUGAAAUCAUCUGAAAACAAAAAGCGGUCUCGGCUGCUAAAACUUGUGAUUCCAAUAGUUGUUACAAUUAUCUUCUUCUUAAUACUCUCCAGCUUUGCUCUUCUUUAUUGGAAACAGAAACCAAAACAACCAACUUCAUCUGUUCAUUUGUUGGAGGAUCAAAAUUUCAGAGUUUCAUACGCAGAGCUGGUUAAAGCAACUAGUGGAUUCUCUUCUACCAACUUAAUUGGCUUGGGAAGAUAUGGGUCCGUGUAUAAAGGGAUUAUGGAUCAUGGCAAUACAAUUGUGGCCAUCAAGGUUUUCAACCUUCUGUAUCGAAGUGUCCAGGAGUUCAUUGCUGAAUGCGAAGCUUUGAGAAACAUCCGGCACCGUAAUCUCAUAAAGGUACUAACAUCCUGCUCAAGCAUAGAUUUCCAAGGCAAUGGCUUCAAAGCUCUGGUUUUAGAGUUCAUGCCUAAUGGGAGUUUAGAGACAUGGUUGCAUCCCAAACUAGACGAGGAUCUUCAUGUGAAUAAUCUAAGCUUGAGGAAAAGAUUAGAUAUAGCUCUGGACGUUGCUGAUGCAUUGGAUUAUCUACAUCACAAUUGUCAGCCGCCAAUUGUUCACUGCGAUCUAAAGCCCGGCAAUAUUCUACUUGACAAUGACAUGUGUGCUCAUGUAGGGGACUUUGGGUUAGCAAGGUUCCUAUGUGAAGGUACGGGCGAACACAUUCAGUCCUCAAGCACUACAGCUGGGAUAAAGGGUACUAUUGGAUAUGUCGCUCCAGAGUAUGGGGCAGGUUGUCAUGUGUCCACCUCUGGGGAUGUGUAUAGCUAUGGGAUCCUUUUACUCGAGAUGUUUACAGGAAAAGUCCGGUUGAUGACAUGUUUCAGGAUGGCCUGAGCCUUUCCAAGUUUGUGGAGAUGGCUUUUCCUGAUAGAGUGAUGGAUAUUGUUGAUCCAGUGUUGAUGUUACCAGAACACAGCAAUAUCGCUAAUAGCCAGCGGAAUGGAAG